AUGGGUAUGUGGUUAUCGGGUCGGGUAUCACCUAAUCUUGUAACCGACUCAUACCCGCGAAAACUUCUAAAGCUAAUCCUAUGCCCGGCCCAAUACCCGUCGGGUAUCGGGUAUACUGGUUCCGUUUGUAUCGGGUAUACCGCCUUGCCUUAUCUUUGCUUCGUAAUUCGUAAAUACACAUAUGCGUUACAUGUGAGCGCAGGGGAUCUCCAUCGCUUCACCGCCCGGGCACCCGCCGUCACCGUCGCUAAUUUCCGUAACCACCGGGAGGUAGAUCGGCGUGGUUGCGUAAACGACGUCGUACUCGCAUCAACCAGGCAAUCGUCAAAGUCAACUAACUCUGGUAUUGUUGAAGAUAAAGUGAAGAAGAAGAAGUGCUCAAAUGGCAGAGUUUUGAAGGAGAAGAAUGUCUGUGUGGAGAAAGAACAUCGACUGAGAUGUUACUCAAGCCUCAAGGAGUUGCUCUUGGCAUGUCCUCUAUUAAAGUUGAAAAGCAGUGGCAGAUGCACUUGAAACAGGACUCCAAAUGAUGAAAGGCAAAGUAAACGAAAUGUUAGCAGAAUUGACGCUUUCAGUUCUCUCUUCAUCUACACGGGCCCUCAAUUUUUUAGGUAAUUAAAUAGUUUUGAAUCAAGAACACGAUCAGGGGUGCGUCGUUUCGAUUGUUAAUCGAAUCAAGAGAAGAAGAACCCUAACUGAUUAUUCAUAGAUUGCAAAUUUUGAAGACGCAAAAGAACCAGGUUGCGAUAUGAAUUUGCAAGAGGAUGGGAUUAUGGGGUUUCGAAGAAGGAAACGGAGAGGAAAUGAGGAUGACUUCUGGUUGUGGUAAACUAAACUAGAAUUUACUCUUGUUAUGCUACUACUUACUAGUACAUAUGUAGAUGAAACUUUUGUUAUAUUAUGAAAUUGAUUUUUUUGUCAUCAAUGCACUGCAGUGUCUACAUGUUUGCGACAGUUAUUAAA